UCAGAAGAGAACUGAGCCGUUUGAUCCAGGAAGGUUCGCUCUCGCCGUCUCCGGGCCGUCCAGGACUUGUAGCCAUGGCGGAUCAGUACCAGUACAACACCAACGAGGAGAAGAUCGUGAAGGACAGCCACACCAAGGAGAUUGAUCUAAUUAACCGAGACCCCAAGCAGAUCAAUGAGGACGUGGUGAAGGUGGAGUUUGAGGAUGUCAUAGCAGAGCCAGACGGCACACACAGCCUGGACGGGGUGUGGAAGCUCAGCUACACCACCUUCACCGUGUCCAAGUACUGGUGCUACCGCAUCUUGUCUGCUGUCUUCGGUAUCCCUGUUGCUCUGCUCUGGGGCUUCCUGUUCGCAUGCAUCUCAUUCUGCCACAUCUGGGCUGUGGUUCCCUGCAUCAAGAGCUGUCUGAUUGAGUCGCAGUGCAUCAGCCGCAUCUACUCCCUCUGCAUCCAGACCUUCUGCGAUCCCUUCUUCGAAGCCCUGGGCAAGAUCUUCAGUAGUGUGCGCGUUGCACUGCGCAAAGAAGUCUAAGUACUCGCACAGUGGUGUUUAUAGUACGAUCGGAUGAUGUGUGGUAUCUUUUUAUACGCCAUAAGAUCAGUCCUGUCUUGCUAAACUCCCCGAUACUCCUCCUCCUCCCUUCAUCAUAUGCUGUUCCCCACCCUCCCACCCUCAAGCUCUCCGCUCUGAGUCAUGGCGUGCCCAGUGUGCCUUUUGCCACCAGACGCUCUGUGACAGCUGCAGCCGCCAACGUGGUUCUGUGACAGCUCUGGCACUCCUGGAAGGCUCAGUGCGCCUCACCGAGGGAGACGAGGGCCGCCUGCCACGACGAGGAUCAUUUAUUUGUGUCACAACAAGCUCAGACCAUAGCUGCUCAUUCACAGCAAAUGAAACAACGUCCGCUCUGCUGCUGCACCUGCGGACACUGCCUGUAUGCAUUACAUUUGGCCCCGCUUCAAAGUUACAGUGAUGCUGUAUGUUGCUGUGUGUGGUAUUGUUGAACUUUAUAUUGAUUGAGUUGAAUUUGAGAGUCAUGUGUGUCACAUUAUUAGAAAAACUAACAAAAAGAAAGGAAAUGAAUUUUUUUUCUCUUCAUAAUUAUUUUGCUUGAUGUUUUCUUAUGUAUUCUGACAUAUUUCCCUCUUCAGUUGUGAUGACUCCAAGGGGACUAACAGACUUUCUGGAGACCUGCAGGUGUUAGGAAUAUGCUUGGAACCAACCGGCAGAUGAUCUAUUACCUUUUACCAAAGCAUAAUGAGUGGAAUACUAAACCUGCAUAUUUCAGUCAAGUGUGUGUAAACAAGUAUGGACCUAACUCCUGAUGCAGUAAAGUCAUGAACUCUCUGUGAGGCCCAUUAUUUUGAUUACAUAGGAAAGUAUCAUAUGCUGCUAUUGUGUACCUGCAAUGUAGAAAGGCAAAUUAUACUGAAACUAAUAGAUAUGUUAUGUUAUGUUAUAACAGGUAAAGUAGGCUGCAACCAUUGGUUCAGUGUUUGAUUGAAGGUAUGUUAUGUGUCUUGUUCUGUGUGUCUCGUUCACCACGCCGGUCUUUGUCCACAACCUCAGUGUUUUCCUGAUUCUUUUUAGUCCCUCGUCGUGCUGUGAAAUGCACAGCUACAGUUUAUAUGAGCUGAACCAGCACGCUGUGUCAAAGCAUUAUUCUGAUAAAUGAGCUGGACUAACCGGUGUAAUGAAUGAGCAUGAGUGAUUUAUUAGCCGAAUCUAUAGCGAGACCAUGAAUAUGUAUAGAUGAAUAUGUUUGGUUUAACUGAAAUACAACAAAUUUUCCACAAAAGGUCUCAAGAUUUUAUUUGUGCAUUUCUUUAUAUUUUUGCUUCCUGCGAAUGAUUAACUGAGCUUGCACAGUUACGUGCUGCACGCUUAAACUGCCCUCCACACUUAUUAGGAUCUUUGAGAAUGGAAAUGUUACUGACAAUCUUUGAAAUUCAUAGCAAAGGUCUUUGAUGUGGUCUGUUAAAUGGUUUGUGCCAAUUGUUGCCUUUAAAAGAUUGAUGUCCUUUUUUGUGGAGAGUUUCUCCUGAUAAAACAUUUUGCAUGGGAAGACGAUUGUCUUAUUUAAGGUCAUAUAAUCAAGUUACAGGUCAAGCAAACGCC